GAUGUGACUUCCUGCAGUGCGGUAUUUCCGGGUUUUGCUGCUGACACCCGCGGCCCCGUCCCCGGAGCUGAGACUCCUCCCACUACCCGGGAGGGCGGGGCCUGAGGAUGGCGGAGCCGCUCGGCCGGAGGUUGACUGACGCGGGUCGGUUCGCCUGUGCGGGUCUGUGCGGGGUUUCCCUGUGCUCGCUGUUCCCUGGAGAAGAGCAGAGCUCGUUCAGGACAGGGUUUAUACGAGGGCUUGUGGGAUGGCUGCAACUCUCUGAGGCGGUGUUGCCGGUGAUGGAAGCUUUUGCCAGCGGAGCGGGAGAGGAGGGAAGCCACUCAUUUGCAGAUUUGCUCCGGGAAGAAAUGGCGCUAAAGGACGCGGCAAUCCUCAUUCCUCAGGAUCUUGUCUCCUUUUCACUAAGAGACGUUUGUGUUGCAGGAUAUUAUGACUCUCGUGCUCGGGUUUUAAUCCGCCAUGUCUCGGGGCUACUGCAAGUUCCCUUUGAGGAGCUGGAGGUUUAUGAAGAAUCGCUGGUGAAGAGUUUAAAAGGACAUGAGGCGGAGGAUUCAGAACAGGCUGAGAGUUCCCAACGAAAGGCUAGUCGGAGACGGCUGAAGAGAUAUUUCCUGAUUGGCCUGGCUGCAGUUGGGGGUGGGACAGUCAUAGGACUGACGGGGGGGCUGGCAGCCCCUCUGGUGGCGGCUGGAGCUGCGGCUGUGGUGGGGACGGCAGGAGCCGCUGCCAUUGGCUCUGCGGCGGGAGUGGCUAUCAUGGCUUCUGUGAUGGGGGCCGCGGGGGCAGGCCUGGCAGGAUAUAAAAUGAACAAGAGAGUAGGGGCGAUCGAGGAGUUUGAGUUCCUUCCACUGACCGAGGGAACCCAACUGCACAUCACCAUCGCGGUGACUGGCUGGCUCUGCACAGGGAAAUAUGGAAGCUUCGAGACUGCUUGGCGGAGCCUGCGGCAGUGUAAGGAGCAGUACUGCCUGGCCUGGGAGUCCGUGUACCUGAUGGAGCUCGGCAACGCGCUGGUCACUCUGCUCAACGGCCUGCUAAACAUGGUGGCCCAGGAGGCUCUCAAAUACACCGUCCUGUCAGGUUUAGUGACGGCUCUCACUUGGCCAGCUUCCCUCAUCACCGCCGCCAACAUCAUCGACAAUCCCUGGGGCGUCUGCCUGAACCGGUCGGCUGAGGUGGGCAAACACCUGGCGCAGGUGUUGCUCAGCAGACAACAGGGCAGGAGGCCAGUCUCACUGAUCGGCUUCAGUUUCGGAGCGAGAGUGAUUUACUUCUGCCUCCAAGAGCUGGCUAAGGAGACAGGCUCCAAAGGAAUCAUAGAGGAUGUGGUGUUACUAGGAGCCCCAGUGGAGGGUGGAGCCAAGGCAUGGAAGGCCUUGACUAAAGUAGUUGCUGGACGUAUAGUCAAUGGGUACUGCAGAGGAGACUGGCUUCUGAACUUUGUCUACCGCAGUUCUUCAGUUCAACUCACUGUAGCGGGUCUGCAGCCAAUUGCCUUGGAAGACAAACGAGUGAUCAAUGUGGAUCUUUCCUCCAUCGUCAAUGGCCAUUUAGAUUACAUGAAACAAAUGGACACAAUCUUAAAAGCUGUGGGUGUAAAGACAAAGGAUUGUCGCUUGGAAGACCAGAGGAACAUGAGUGGGGUAUUUAACAGCGAGACAAUGGCAACAGAGGCUGGAGAAGUGGGCGGAGAGAAGACGCCAAUAAGUUGUGAGAGAAAUGAAAUGUCUGAGUCAGCCACAUGCAUCAGCAGUGAUCGACAUUCAGAGACUACAAGCAGCUCACAGCCUGAUGAGGACUGUUUGGAUACGAGUGUAGGCAGCAGAGGUGUCACUGGGGAAUGAGUGCUCCCAACUCUCAGACUGUUAGUUGCAAACUAUCUAGUUAAAGACUAGUUACAAAAUCAAUCAUCUGAUCCAGCCUGGAAGUGACCACAAAUCUUUAAACACAGAUUAUGCAAUUCAGAUGUAAUUGACACUGUAAUAAAAAUAAUCCUUGAAUUUGAUACAGCACCUUAUCACGUCUUCGAGAUAUACUGUGAAGUGAAUUGAUUGUAUAUUUUGUGGGUGAAACUAAAUAAACUAAUGGGAAGAGUGUA